AUGGAUCCUGCUUAUAGGAACAAGAAGGUCGUCGACCUGACCGACCAAGAGUGCAUUGCCCUCGGGUUCCUUGGUGAAAGCGUUGCUCCGGGUAUCAAAGAUAUUGUCGAAAAAGUGAGGGCCGACCCCGUGCGCCUAGGCACCGUGACCUGCUUCGCGGUGGACUGUCUCAAGCGCAGGUAUGGCACGGCCCCGGCUCCCCCAAAAGACUCUCCCACCUCUCCCGCCUCUCCCAUCAGCGAGGCCGAGACCCUCUACUCACAGCUCAGCACCAAUGUUGUUGCCCCCGACCUGAUCUCCAAGUAUGAGAUGCACUUUUGGUAUCACGGCAUCUCCGGCGACCCUCCGAAACUCCUGUGGCGUUCCGAUAUCGAGACCAACCCCUUCCCCACACCCCCGCCUGGAGCCCGCUUCUUCAAAGUCCCCACCAAGACUGCCCGUGGCGUCUUCAAUACGCCGCUCAACGCCGUGUGGGAUACCGUAGCCCCCCAGAUCCUGGCAUCGAUAAAGGCCAAAGGCCUCCAGUACUCCGCGCUCAAGACAAUUCGCUUCUCGAUCGUCGAGGACGGCCAGGAGGAAAAAUUUGGCCCAGUUGUUGUGUGGAUCGCUGUUCGUCCCAACACCACCAACGCCGUGGCUGUUCGUAAUGCCACGCCCGACAUCCUUCACAUUCUCAAUGACGCCCAGAUCACCGGGGUCGUAGUCGAGUGGUACGAAGGGUCGGUCCAAAGGCUUGCCGGCCCGCCUCUGAUGAACGUCGAGGACAGGACCAGCCCCAAGUUCGGCCUCAGCCACCCCUUCAACACUGGCCUUGGCAUCCCCAUCGCCAGGCAGUCUGACGACGCCCAGGGCACCAUCACGUUCCUGUUCCGGGAGGUGAAGACCAGCAACGGCGGUCCUAGCAAUAGGAUCCUCGCCCUUACCAACAAACACGUCGCUUCUGUCGAAACGUCCACCCAUUACGAGUUAACCCUCAGCACAUCCUUGUUUGCGUCCAAGUUGGAGUCGGGCGGGGGAGACAGCAGGGCCCUGCGACGCAAGAAGAAUGCCUUGGACGAGAAGGACGAAGAUAACGCCAUUCUCCAGACGUUCUUCAUCGAGGUCAGUGCCCAAUGGCAGGAUAUCAACAAUCGCAAAUUCGGUGUCGUCGACUGGGCUCCCGAGAUCUCCGUGAGGGUUGACGACCACCACUACACUCGCGACAUCGCUACAUUCGCGGUCGAUGAGGUGAAGCUCGAGAAUUUUGAGCGUAACGUCGUCGACUUAGGAAAUCAAUACAACGCCGGUCAGCUCGAGGAUCUCUUCUGGCCCAUCGCUGCCGUUCGUGAGGGCAGGAAGAUCCCAGCAGACCUCCAGCUCCCCAUCACUCGCGCUCUACCUCGCCGCCUCUUCAUCAAUCCCGACACGGAGGACAAGGACGGUAACCCCCUCUAUAUUGUCGCCAAAUACGGCAACUCGACCAAGCUUACAUUAGGCCGCUAUUCCGGCAUGGAUGCCUAUACCUGCACCGACCUCGGACUCGAGUCUAGAGAGGUGGCCAUCUAUAACUAUGGCAAGAAUUCUGGCGACUUUUCGGACCACGGCGAUUCCGGCUCCCUUAUCUUCACGGGCGCGGGCGACGCGCUCGCAAUUCUGCACUCAGGAAUGCCUCGUGGCAUGCAUAACCAUGUCACCUACGGUACGCCCAUCUGGUGGGUCAUCAAGCAGAUCCUCGCCAAGUAUCCCUCUGCCGAGUUCUACGGCAUCACCUACACCCUUGACUGAGCGCAAACACACACAAGUUCCGUCCUCGUCGUUCCCCUGUCCCCCC